CAUUGAGGGAGGGGAUGAAGUAAAAAAACACCAGAAGAAGAAAACCCUCCCUUUUCUUUUCAUGACCAGAUCCUCAUGUGUGUGUGACGUGGGCUGGACAGGACCAGAAUGUGAAGCAGAGCUGGGGGGCUGCAUGUCCAUGCCCUGUACCCAUGGGGGGACCUGUCAGCCCCAGCCCUCUGGCUACAACUGUACCUGCCCCCCAGGCUAUACAGGGCCUACCUGCAGUGAGGAGGUGACAGCUUGUCAUUCAGGGCCCUGCCUCAAUGGUGGCUCCUGUAGCCCCAGACCGGGGGGCUAUUCCUGCACCUGCCCUCUGAGCCACACUGGGCCGCAUUGCCAGACCAGCACUGACCACUGUGCCUCUGCCCCGUGCCUCAAUGCGGGUACCUGUGUGAACAGGCCUGGCACUUUCUCCUGCCUCUGUGCUGCGGGCUUCCAGGGUCCACAUUGUGAGGAAAGGACCCAUCCCAGCUGCGCCAACAACCCCUGUAGGAACAGGGCAACCUGCCAAGAUGGCCCCCAGGGUCCCCACUGCCUCUGCUCCCCUGGCUACACAGGAGGCAGCUGCCAGACUCUGAUGGACUUAUGUGCCCAGAAGCCCUGUCCACACAAUUCCCACUGCCUCCAGACUGGGCCCUCCUUCCAGUGCUUGUGCCUCCAAGGAUGGACCGGCCCUCUCUGCAACCUGCCACUGUCCUGUCAGAAGGCCGCUCUGAGCCAAGGCACAGAAGUGUCUUCCCUGUGCCAGAAUGGAGGCGUCUGCCUCGACAGAGGCUCUUCCUACUUCUGCCGCUGCCCUCCCGGAUUCCAAGGCAGCAUAUGCCAGGACAGGGUGGACCCAUGUGAGUCCAGGCCCUGCCAGCAUGGGGCCACCUGCAUAGCCCAGCCCAGUGGCUAUCUCUGCCAGUGUGCCCCAGGCUACAGUGGACAGAACUGCUCCAAGGAAUCCAACGCUUGUCAAUCCCAGCCCUGUCACAACCAUGGGACCUGCACCCCCAAAGCUGGAGGCUUCUACUGCACCUGCCCUCCAGGCUUUGUGGGGCUGCGCUGUGAGGGGGAUGUAGACGAGUGUCUGGACCGGCCCUGCCACCCCACAGGCACAGCAGCCUGCCACUCCCUGGCCAAUGCCUUCUACUGCCAAUGUCUGCCUGGAUACACAGGCCAGUGGUGUGAAGUGGAGACAGACCCCUGUCAGAGCCAGCCCUGCUCCCAUGGAGGGUCCUGUGAGACUAUAGUAGGACCACCCCUGGGUUUCACCUGCCACUGCCCCCAGGGUUUUGAGGGCCCCACCUGCAGCCACAGAGCCCCCUCCUGUGGCCUCCAUCACUGUCACCAUGGUGGCCUAUGUCUGCCCUCCCCCAAGCCUGGCUUCCCACCCCGUUGUGCCUGCCUCAGUGGCUACGGGGGCCCUGACUGCCUGACCCCUCCGGCUCCUCGUGGCUGUGGCCCUCCUUCUCCAUGCCUACACAAUGGCAGUUGCUCAGAGAUCCCUGGACUUGGGGACCCAGGCUUCCGAUGCUCCUGCCCUCCCAGCUCCCCGGGGCCCCGGUGUCAGAGGCCUGGAGCAAAGGGAUGCGAGGGCAGAGGUGGAGAUGGGGCCUGUGACGCUGGCUGCAGCGGCCCUGAAGGAAAUUGGGAUGGGGGAGACUGCUCUCUGGGGGUCCCGGACCCCUGGAAGGGCUGCCCUUCCCACUCCCGGUGUUGGCUUCUCUUCCGUGAUGGGCAGUGCCACCCGCAGUGUGACUCUGCUGAGUGUUUGUUUGAUGGCUACGACUGUGAGACUCCUCUGGCCUGCACUCCAGCCUAUGACCAGUACUGCCAUGAUCACUUCCACAAUGGGCACUGCGAAAAAGGCUGCAACACUGCAGAAUGUGGCUGGGAUGGAGGUGACUGCAGGCCUAAAGAUGGGGAUUCAGAAUGGGGGCCCUCCCUGGCCCUGCUGGUGGUGCUGAGCCCCCCAGCCCUGGACCAGCAGCUGCUUGCCCUGGCCCGGGUGCUAUCCCUGACUCUGAGAGUGGGGCUCUGGGUAAGGAAGGAUAGUGAUGGCAAGGACAUGGUGUACCCCUAUCCUGGGCCCCAGGCCGAAGAGGAGCUGGGAGGAACCCCGGACAUCUCCCAUCAGGAGAGAACAACCCUUCACACACAGCCUGUGGGCAAGGAGACAGACUCUCUCAGCACUGGGUUUGUGGUGGUGAUGGGUGUGGAUUUGUCCCGCUGUGGCCCUGACCACCCUGCAUCCCGCUGCCCCUGGGAUCCUGGGCUCCUGCUCCGCUUCCUCGCCGCCAUGGCGGCAGUGGGGGCCCUGGAGCACCUGCUGCCGGGACCCCUACUGGCUGCCCAUCCUCGUGCUGGCACCGCACCACCCACCAACCAGCUUCCCUGGCCUGUGCUGUGCUCACCAGCGGCCGGGGUGCUUCUCCUGGCCCUUGGGGCUCUUCUGGUUCUUCAGCUCAUCCGGAGGCGGCGCCGAGAGCAUGGGGCCCUCUGGCUGCCCCCUGGAUUCAUUCGAAGGCCUCGAACUCAGCCGGCUCACCGCAGACGCCGGCCUCCCCUGGGUGAAGACAACAUUGGCCUCAAGGCACUGAAGCCAGAGGCAGAAGUUGAUGAGGAUGGAGUUGUGAUGUGCUCAGGCCCCGAGGAAGGAGAGGAGGCUGAAGAAACGGCCUCACCCUCCAAGUGCCAGCUCUGGCCUCUGAGCAGUGACUGUCAGGAGCUCCCCCAGGCAGCCAUGCUGACUCCUCCCCAGGAAUCAGAGAUGGAUGUCCCGGACGUGGACACACGUGGACCUGACGGGGUAACACCCCUGAUGUCGGCAGUUUGCUGUGGAGGAGUGCAGUCCAGGACCUUCCAGGGGGCAUGGUUGGGAAGCCCUGAGCCCUGGGAACCCCUGUUAGGUGGAGGGGCCUGUCCCCAGGCUCACACUGUGGGCACUGGGGAGACACCCCUGCACCUGGCUGCCCGAUUCUCCCGGCCAACUGCUGCCCGCCGCCUCCUUGAGGCUGGAGCCAACCCCAACCAACCAGACCGAGCAGGGCGCACCCCUCUGCACACUGCUGUGGCUGCUGAUGCUCGGGAGGUUUGCCAGCUCCUACUCCGCAGCAGACAGACUGCAGUGGAUGCACGGACAGAGGACGGGACCACAGCCCUGAUGCUGGCCGCCAGGCUGGCGGUGGAGGACCUGGUUGAAGAACUGAUCGCAGCCCAAGCAGAUGUGGGGGCCAGAGAUAAAUGGGGAAAAACCGCGCUGCACUGGGCCGCCGCCGUGAACAACGCCCGGGCCGCCCGCUCUCUUCUCCAGGCCGGAGCCGACAAAGACGCCCAGGACAGCAGGGAGCAGACGCCGCUGUUCCUCGCGGCCCGAGAAGGGGCGGUGGAAGUGGCCCAGCUGCUGCUUGGGCUGGGAGCGGCCCGAGGACUGCGGGACCAGGCCGGGCUAGCGCCCGGGGACAUCGCCCGACAGCGUAAUCACUGGGAUCUGCUGACGCUGCUGGAGGGGGCGGGGUCACUGGAGGAGCGUCACAAAACCACGCCGGGUCGCGGGGCGGGCCCCUUCCCCCGCUCGCGGACAGCCUCCGGCAGCUUGCCCCCGCGUGGGGGCGGGGCCCCAUCGCGCUGCCGGACUCUGUCGGCCGGGGCCAGCCCGCGCGGGGGCGGAGCAUGUCUGCAGGCCCAGACUUUGUCCGUAGAAUGGGCGGUGCGCGGGGGCGGAGCCUACUCGCAUUGCCAGGGUCUUUCUAAAGGAGGAGCUGGAGGAGGCCUGCGCCCCGGAGCCCGUAGGUUUUCUGCAGGCAUGCGCGGGCCUCGGCCCAACCCUGCAAUAGUGCAAGGAAGAUCCGGGGUCGCUUCCGGAAGCGGGGGUGGGGCCUCGGCUGAUGACUGGCCCUGCGAUUGGGUGACCCUAGGGCCCUACGGCCCCACCUCCAACACUCCCAUUCCGCCUCCUUGUCUUACGCCAUCCCCCGAGCGGGGAUCCCCUCAAGUUGCCUGGGGUCCCCCAACCCACCAAGUAAUACCUUUAAGCGCGGAAAGCGAGGGUCAAAAGUAGAAUGCUACAUGACAGGGAGGGAUUCUAAAAAUGGGCACCCAGUCUGGAAAGACCGAUUUUAAGAUCCCGGAGCCCCAAAAGUGAGGGGUCAUGAGUAUACUGUCCUUCCCCAGAUGAGUGUAUGCCCACUCCGUCUUCCACGUGGAGAAGCUGCAGCCCUGGAAAAAGGGUUUGGGGUGCUGGAAUGACGGGGGCCUAGCCCUUCUCCCAGGGCAUAAGGAUGAGGGGCUACCCAAGGGUGGAGUGGAACUGGGGAUAUACUUCUGAACUGGAACCAGUAACUGCAGACAUAUAAGAUGUAAGAUGUUCUUUCCUGUAUAUUGUAUCCAAAGGAAGCUUCUAUCACCCAUCACACCCACCACCCACAAAUGGCUGACAAAUAUUUAUUGAGUGCCCACUAUGUGCCAGGCACUGUGUAGGUGCUGAAGUGGGGGGCCAAGGCCACUCCAGCUGAUGAUUCCUUGCACUCUCACCACUUCCCUCAACAAUCCAUCGCAGGGAUGAGGCGCCAUUCUUCUCACCUCUAUCUCUAUUUAAGAACCUUCAAUCUGUCACCCCAUAAUAAAGCUUAUUUGAAAUGUUAA